GUUCGCUAUCCGAGUGGUGUUGAAGUAAAUCUGGGCAAUGAGUUGACACCAAAGUCUGUAAAGAACGAGCCGGUGGUGGACUGGCCUGUAGUGGAGGGCGCCUACUAUACCCUCGUGAUGACUGACCCGGACGUGCCGUCCAGAGUGUCGCCCACAGCCGACGCUCAGGUGAAACACUGGUUGAUCGUCAAUAUACCGGAAAAUCAGGUGUCGAGCGGGGAAUCGUUGGCCGUAUACCGCGGUUCGGGACCACCGCUCGGCUCAGGCCUUCACCGGUAUGUGUUUCUGGUGUACAAACAGCUGAAACCGAUUGUCCACUCGGAGACAAUACUGCCGACACCGGGUCGGGAGGGGAGGACCGGAUUCAAAGUGCGUGACUUCGCCCAGAAGUACAAGUUGGGCGAACCCAUUGCCGCCAACUUCUUCGUCGCCCAAUACGACGAUUACGUCGGACUCAGGAAUGCGAGGGCUAAGAGUGGGGCCAAACCCACAGUCGCCCCAACCACCAGAGCGGCACCGAUAGAGACAACACCGACAACAACAACGCCACCGCCUGAACCAGUGAUUGAGCAACAAAUGGAGAUUGAAGAGGAAGUGAUGACCGAUAGUCCGCCGCCAACAGAGCGGCCGACGCGGACCAGAACCCGGUCACCGAUGAAAGGCAACAGACGGUCACAGCUGCGGGACUGGACCUGGACGGGCAGCGAUUGGGCGCGCAAAGUGGCCAAAAAACCCAAGUUCCCACAAAUGAUCUGCAUGAAUUACGAUACUUAUAAAUCUAUACAAAGUGUCCUUGGUCUGCCUAAGAAUUAG